AUCUGUAGUUGUCUAUAAGUUGCGAUUCUAUAAUGCAGACAAGUCAUUCAACUACUGAGAGUUGACGUUGAAGACGGCAACAGAGUAAAAGACAUUUCUGGCGGUUUAUCAGUUUGAUCAACCUUUGAUCAUUGUUCAAGACGAAAUCGAUAAUGAGUUUGUCUUUGAUCUGCGCCCUGCUCCUGACUGCCGAACUGGGAGCUUUGGCUCAGGACAAGCACUUCAUGGGAGGGUCGCUGACAUUCAAGUUUAUAGAUGCAUCCAAACCAAAUGCGCAUCAGGUUGAGUUAACUGUCGUUACCGGAUGGGUUCUAGGCGAAGGGCCUUGUGGAGAACACUGUUCGACGAAAGACCUCGGAAGGAGCACAAUCACAUCUCGGAAGAUUAUGACAGACUUAUAUGGAGAUGCAUAUUUUGGAAACUGGACUUCGGAGACUAAUUACCUUCAUGGAAAUAUCUCUUUCAGGACAAUAACUGACAAAGUAUCAAAGGGACUAGUGACUGAAGAAAUACUAUCGGUGAAUGUGCCUCUCCGAUGGGAACAGGAAGUUGCUGAAGUCGUUUUGGAAGUCGACCCUGCUGCCCAAUAUACAGAUCUUGUGAUGCGUGGUAUUUCCUGGAAAACCUAUGAUUAUAACUACAGAGGUGAUGGAAUGUUUCAUCUUCAAACAAAGAUUAAUGCACACGAACGAAAUGACACCAUGCAGGCGAACAACAGUCCCGUUGUUAUGUUCAAGCCUUUAUACAAAGUCCUCCUGAACAAUUUAACAGUCAUCAAACUCGCUACCUUGGACCAGGAUGGGGAUUAUGUGCAAUGUCAGCAGGCAAAAUACAGAAACGCCGGUGGUGUACAUCCACCGAACAACGUCACAAUAAAUAAGGACUGCAGCAUUGAAAUCAAGGCUUAUGAAUCGGAUCACUUCUUUGAUGGAGGAUUUGGGGCUAUCGCCGUUCAGAUCAACGACUAUAACUCCAAUCCUAUAAUACGGAAGGGUGAACGGUAUCCAUAUCUUUUAAAUGGACCAUAUCGGCAGGAGCUCAGCCAAGUAGUAGUUCAGUUCAUGAUACAGACUUUAAAAAUCAUAGAGGCGCCUGAAUUUGUGGCCCCAACAAAAAGCAGUCAGCAUGUGUUCUACGUUUAUGUUGGCUCAACACUGGAAAUACCUCUCUACGCGAAGCCAUACAAGUCACCUUCAAGUAAGGUGGACUUCUUCAAUUUGAGAUCCAUUCCAAGGCAACCAUUUGUCAUCCCACCACUAAAGUCAGACACGAAUCGCACGAGAGAUGACGUCAAGUACACCAUAGUAAAAUGGCGCCCACAAAAGCCUGACGUAGGAUCCUAUGUUAUUGGUGCACUGGUUACAGACGACAAGGGAAACGACGGAUCUGAUAGAAACUACAACAUCAUAGUCAAAGAUAUAAACGUCACCACACCUGACGUUGUACCUGCAAAUCGACCAUACUUUCCGUUAUUCCCUGAUGGGGAAGGAAUACAGUGCCUACAGAAUUCAACGUGUUCCUUUCCUAUCUAUGCUGCAACUGAGCGUAGUGGUGGAAGGAUCGCAUCUUUGAAGUACACAGCUUCAAAUUUGAAGGAAAUCCACGUUGCACCGCCAAUACCUAUCACCAUACAUGGGCUGGACAUGUUUGUGAGUGACGUGUCCUUAACAUCUUCUCAGAUAGGAAGAUGGGAUUUAUGUUUCCGGGCGCUUGAUGACCGUGGUGCACAAUCGGAAGAACGAUGCCUUAGAAUUUCAAUGGAAGUAACUGAUCCAUGCAAUUCAACUCCAUGUAAUCAUCGAGGGUCAUGUGAAAGUAAUGGCACAUCCUUCAACUGUAACUGUUUCCCCGGAAUUACCGGUCCCCUCUGUGAAACAGCUAUCGACGAAUGCCAAAGCAACCCCUGUCAACACAAUGCUACCUGUCUCAACACUAUGCCGCGUUUCUAUUUCUGUGUUUGUCUUGCGGGGUUUACUGGAAAGAACUGUGAAACAACUAUCGACGGAUGCCAAAACAAGCCAUGUCAACACAAUGCAACCUGUUUUAGUGCUGGCAAUCCUAUGCUGCCUGGCACUUAUGUCUGCAUGUGCAGUAUGGGCUUCACUGGAAUAAACUGUGACCAAAGUAUGUUAAUAGAAAUAUGAACACACUGAAGAGUGUGAUCCUAUUCUAGCGAGCGCCCUUGUUUUAUAGCCCCGUUAUGUUAGAAUUAACAUUGACGCUGUGCUGUAAUAUGUUUGACCCCCGUAGAUAGAGUAACGUCUCCGAAAUGACAAAGCGUUAAUAUACCUGUCGUUUUACUAUUCAAAUGUACAAUAUUCUUUUCCGUAAUUCUACUUUCUAUUACAAAACGACCCGUGAAGAUCCGGGGUAGAAUAGAUCUUCAGCAACCCAUGCUUGCAGUAGCAGGCGACC